GCUUUCAAUGACAUAAGUUCAUGUACCCGAAGCAUUAUCCUAACAUCUGGUACCCUUUCACCUAUGUCAUCAUUUUCUUCAGAGCUAGGAGCACUCUUUCCUAUACAGCUUGAGGCAAAUCACGUUAUUCACCCAUCACAGGUUUGGGUUGGUACAAUCGCUACUGGUCCUGCUGGUAAUGUUCUCAACGCUACAUACAAAUACACAGAGACUUUCAGUUUUCAAGAUCAGUUGGGACUGUUAGUCUUGAAAAUAUGUCAGACCAUCCCUCAUGGUGUGCUCUGUUUUUUGCCUUCAUACAACAUGAUGGAAAAAAUGACAAAAAGAUGGCAGUGUGCAGCCACAGAGUGUGCAGCCACAGAGUGUGCAGCCACAGAGUGUGCAGCCACAGGAUGUGCAGCCACAGAGAGUGUGCAGCCACAGAAGAUUGUGCAGCCUACAGAGAUUGUGCAAUCACAGUGUGUGCAGCCACAGAGUGUGUGCAGCCAGAGUGUGCAGCCACAGAGUGUGCAGCCACAGUGUGCAGCCACAGAGUGUGCAGCAACAGAGUGUGCAGCCACACAGAGUAUGCAACCACACAGAAGUGUGCAGCCAGAAAAUGUGAAGCCACAGAGAGUGUGCAGCCACAGUGUCCAGCCACAAAGAAGUAUACCGCCAGAGAAUGUGCAGCCAGAGAAUGUGCAGCCACAGAGUGUGCAACCACAGUGUGCGCAGCCACAGUGUGCAGCCAGGGAAUGUGAAGCCACAGAAAGUGUGCAGCCACAGUGUGCAGCCACAGAGUGUGCAGCCACAGUGUGCAGCCACAGAGUGUGCAGCCACAGUGUGCAGCCACAGAGUGCAGCCACAGAGUGUGCAGCCACAGUGUGCAGCCAGUGUCCAGCCACAAAGAGUGUACCGCCAGAGAAUGUGCAGCCAGAGAAUGUGCAGCCACAGAGUGUGCAACCACAGUGUGCAGCCACACAGUGUGCAGCCAGAGAAUGUGAAGCCACAGAGUGUGCAGCCACAGAGAGUGUGCAGCCACGGAGAGUGUGCAGCCACAGAGAUUGUGCAGCCACAGAGAUUGUGCAGCCACAGAGAUUGUGCAGCCACAGAGAUUGUGCAACCACAGAGUGUGCAGCCACAGAGUGUGCAGCCACAGAGUGUGCAGCCACAGAGUGUGCAGCCACAGAGUGUGCAACCACAGAGUGUGUGCAGCCACAGAGUGUGCAGCCACAGAGUGUGCAACCACAGAGUGUGUGCAGCCACAGAGUGUGCAGCCACAGAGUGUGCAGCAACAGAGAGUGUGCAGCCACACAGAGUAUGCAACCACACAGAGUGUGCAGCCACAGAGAGUGUGCAGCCACAGUGUCCAGCCACAAAGAGUAUACCGCCAGAGAAUGUGUAGCCACAGAGUGUGCAACCACAGUGUGCGCAGCAACAGCAACAGGAUUAUGGUGUGAAGUGCAAAGGAAGAAGUCAAUAAUAUCUGAGCCACGUCGAGGUGACAAACAGGAUUUUGACAUUCUGUUGAAAGAAUUCUAUGAAGCUAUAAAAUAUUCAGAAGACUCAAACUUUGACGAUGAAGACAGUGUUACUGGUGUCUUGUUUCUAGCUGUAUGUCGUGGCAAGGUCAGUGAGGGACUUGACUUUGCUGAUAAUAAUGCCAGAGCUGUAAUAACUGUUGGAAUACCAUUCCCUAAUAUCAAAGACACAGUAGUGGACAUGAAGAAGAGAUACAACAAUGAUCACAGUUCAUCUCGUGGUUUACUGAGUGGCAAUGAAUGGUAUGAAAUACAGGCAUACAGAGCACUAAACCAGGCACUAGGAAGAUGUAUUCGUCACAGAAAUGACUGGGGAGCUCUGAUUCUUGUGGAUGAAAGAUUCAGUAAGAGCAAUCGGUACAUCAAAGGCUUGUCCAAAUGGGUGCGCAAUCAAGUGCACCAUUACUACCGAUUCAAUGAUGCUGUAUCUUCAUUAACAGACUUCACCAAUGCCAGGCUGAAAGACCCGUGUCCAGAAACUAGUAUGAACUCCACUGCCUUAAUGUUAACUCCAUCUCAGAUCAAUUCUGAUAAGAGUUUUACCCGAUCACAGAAUAACAAGUCUCUGGAAGUCAAUUGUAAAAUAGAAAAAGAAAACAGCCCUUUGGGUGAAGUUGAUCUCACUGUGUCAUCACCCAUUCAUAGUGACCGUAAUGUGACUACUCCUCAGGUAUAUAGUCUCUUUAUGAAGUCAUCCAACAAGAAACCAGUCACAAAGAAUCCACCCUCCUCAUCCACCCCUCUGAGUAUUUCAACCAAAGGUCAUGCGUUACUGGAGGUACUUGGGUCUCCAGUGACUCAAAGAGGAGCUUCUUCUGUCUUGACUGAUGUGAUGCUGCCCACUCCUAAAGGAAAACUGAAUUUUGAUGUCAAGGAUGGGGUGAUCCAAUCAACAGGUGGCAAAACUGAUGUUAUAGGAAAACUGGAAAAAUUCAAAUUCCAGCAAAACGGCGCACAUACAGUUGUGAUUGGACAUUCAAUGACUGCUACAGGUGAUGUCCCUACUACAGAGACCAGACUGGAAGUAAUGAACAAAGCAACCCCACAACAAACAAAUGAUACCCCAGCAAACAAAUUUAAAGCUGAUACUAAGUUCACAUUCCAAUUUGUGAAAAUACCUCCCAAAAACCCACCUGAAUCUAGUGGGGGAGAUACUGGUAAGGAAGUGUCCAGUGAACCUGAGAACUUAGAUUGUACAUCGCCCUUGUUUGAUUCAGAAUCAAUCAAAGAAGGCUGCCUAACUGAACAUGAUAAGGCUGUAAUACUAGACAUGACCCCUCAAGUUACUGCUAAUUUAACUGAAAACACAGCAUCCAGCGGGCCAACCAAUAGAAAGAAACUUUUCAAGUUGUCAUCGACUAGACAAGCUAAUCAGUCUAUUGAGGCUCCCCAAGUUAGCAGCAAAACUGAAGAGGUUGAGGAUAAUACUGUUGGAAUUGUAAGAAAGACACAGCGUGGACGUAAACGAAAGAAUAUUCCACAUGAUGUGGAUGGAAAACCAACUAAAAAUGCCAAGGGAAAUCUGGAUUUGUUGAAUGAAUUAGAUGGCAUGGCAGAUGAGGGAAAGUUGAUGAAGAAUAAUAAUCCCUGUGAGACUGGUUUAUGUUGUAUAAAGUGUACUACAUGUUUAGUUUCUAACUUAGAAUAUGUGCAGUUUUCUACAGACGAAUGUUCAACAGACUAUUUUAAAAAUUUACACAAGAAAUACAAAAAUCAUGGCAAGUUGUUCAGAGCAUGUACUUGUGACAAUUGGCAAACUGUGGAGGAGAGAAGUCACUCUGUCAAGAUAAUCAAAUUACAUAGAUCAGCUGUCCAUGAUAAUUGCCUGCAAACUAUGACUGAAGUAUUAAAAUCAGGUUAGAACACUUUAUUUAUUG